AAGUGACAGCCCCAGUUGCUGAGAGGACCAGGAGACGCGCCGGCCGAGGCUGCCGAGGCUGCUGUGGGGCCCGGACCGGGGCGAUGGAGAACGGAGCGGUGUACAGCCCCACCACCGAGGAGAACCCGGGCCCCGCCAGGGGCGCCCGGAGCGGCCUGGCCGCCUACUGCUCCCUGGGCCGGCUGCCCUUGCUCCGGCGCGUCCUCAAAGGCUCGCAGCUGCUGCUGUCCCUGCUGGCCUUCAUCUGUGAAGAAGUUGUGUCGCAGUGCACGCUGUGUGGAGGACUUUACUUCUUUGAAUUCGUGAGCUGCAGUGCCUUUCUGCUCAGCCUGCUGCUGCUGAUCGUCUAUUGCACUCCAGUUUACGACAGAGUUGAUGCCCUCAAAGUGAAAGCAUCGGAUUUUUAUAUUACCUUGGGGACAGGCUGUGUAUUUUUGCUGGCGUCCAUCAUUUUUGUCUCCACGCACAGCAGGACCUCAGCUGAAUUUGCAGCAGUAGUGUUUGGAUUUCUGGCAAGUUUUACGUUCCUGUUGGACUUUGCCGUGAUGUUCUAUGAGAAACGGCAGGAGUCCCAGCUGAGAAAGCCGGAGAGUACCACGAGGGCAGAGACGCUUACCGAACCCCUGAAUGCUUAAAGACCUGAAGCAGGUGCAGUGGAAGGUAGCUGCUUUGGUGGUCUCCGGGCCCCGGCAGGAGCUCGUGGAGGAUCUGUGUGCUUGUUCAGACCAUUCCUGUCUAAAGCCAGGGCGAUGGGGAGGAGGCACAGAUUAUAUGGGGUAGGGGGCUGUUGGGCGGUCACUACACGUUAGGUCAGAGGUUUUUGAGCUGUUUGUGUUUUUUGUUUUGUUUUUAGAUAACCGUCAAAACCUGUGUCAAAUGGAGGGUUUGGGGGUGGUGAGGGAGAAUAAUUGUUUUUAAUUGACAACAGCUCAGCUGGCAAUGCAUGACCCUAUUAUUUCCAUUACAGAACGUCUUACCAAGCUUAGCUUCCAAAUGAUGCUAUAGAGCUGUGUAAACACCGUGACUGUAUUAUGCAUUUAGAAAUUGCUUCAUUUCUAAAUUGAUUUGCUUUGUAUUUUAUGGCUAGAUUAUGUUCUGUAAUGGAAGAUUUGAUGUCUCUUUAAGAGACUGAUAUUUAAAUGUGGGCCUAGGAUUUUUUUUUCUCCUUAAUGCUACAUUUUUACUGUAUCUCCCUUAGCCUUAAAAUUAUCUUGUAACACUUGAAAAUAAUUACUACUAACCCUGUCUGAGACUUCCACGUAGCCUAAUAUAAAAUGGGGAGGCGUUGGUAUUUUGUAUUUAGGAACGCAACACCACCAACAGCCUCAUGUUUAUUAACUGUACUUUGGUUAUUGACGUCAUAUCAAAAUGAGGAGUAUGAUAUAACCUGGAGAACAAGUGCAGAAACUGGUAACUAUGGACCAAAGGUAAGAAAGAUACAGACUUUUGGUCCUAUCCAGUGGAAGUGAUUAUAAAACAGACUUGGACCGCUCCCCAAGUUCCGACUGAAUUAAACAGGUGUCCACUGCCCCGUGGACAUGUGAUUAUUCCUCCUUGAGUUUAUGCAGCUCCGUGGAUCCUGCCAGUUUGUUUCUUUUAGUCCCCAGCCCUUGGCUUUUCACCUGUAGGAGCUGCUUGAUCUUCUGCCUCCUCCAUUGGGCGGCCGUGGGCUCCUGGCUUCAGUUCUGUCAGUUGUCUUUCCAUGGCCUGGAAUGUGGGACCCCUUGUCUUGCAACCCUGGUGUAUAUAUAGCAAGAGCUAUCCACCAUGUUCAAGUGAACACAGAGCCCUGCCCUCAUCAACGCUGUUGAUGAUAUCAGGAAGCGGACAAAACAAUCUCAAGAGACUUCCUGACCAGUUCAGACAAUCUAGAGACAUUGUCUGUUGCUGCCAGGCUGUCCUGGAGCCAGCCCUGUGCAAUCCUUGGGUUGGGAGCUGCCUGCCAGGGUCAUUCACAGGCUACAUCUUCCUCCCAGAGUUUCUUCCUUCCGCUCCAGUGUUAAGGUGAUGAGUCACAGGUCAGGUCCGCUGGUGGAAGUCUCCCAGGCUAGGUUUUCUCUGUGAACAGAAUCAUGUUUCUGCUGAUAGAAUG